AUCCCAGUUCUCCAAUCUUUUCAAUCUUUUUUUUUCUUUUUUCCAAGUUCCCCUUGUCGAAUUUCUUCAGGCGUGCAAAUACUUUUACAGGAUCGGAAACUAGGACGAAAGGAGCAAGGAGUGGUUUCUUUACGGAGAAAACGCAACAAAUGCGCCGACGACUCAAGCUAACUGGAAUCUCGGCCCAGGGUCGCGUCGAAACACCUCAAACAUCGCACCACUUGCAGCACACACUCAUCCGUUCCUACGGCCUACUGCUGGCCUUUGCCUAUGGGUGCGUGUUAUGUUCGUGUGCUGAACCCCCCACCCCCCCUUCUUUGGCAUCUGAUCCCCUUGUUCCUCUCGUCUCGGCUACGCAUAGGCACGUACAUACAUACAUACCUACAUAUCAUACCUUACUACUUGCCAUACACUACAUACACACUACAUACGUACAUACACAUCCAUACGCAUCCACUUCCCACGCAAUACAUAACACUACAAGGAAGUAGGCAGGGUAGGUAGUAGGCCAAAGUAGGGUCAGGUAGAGCUACCUUAGCUGGCUGGUUCUCCUGGCUGGCUGGCUGACUGGCUGACUGACUGGCCGGUUGGCCCACGCCCACCGUUCGAAGGUGUCGAGAGCGUCCAAAGUCCACCAGUCCA